AAGGUUCUUGAGAUUUUCGUGGGUUAGAGGUGAUGGGGAGUGAGGGAGAGAUUGAGAGUGAAUGGUUGUGCGAUGUGGAUGAUACGAUAUUUGUGGCUGUGGGAAAAAAUGUGAAGGAGAGUAAAUCGAUUCUGUUGUGGGUUGCGAAGAGUUUUUCUGGGAGGAAGUUAUGUCUUCUUCAUAUUCAUCAGCCUGAUCACUUAAUCACACUCGUGAGUGAAAAGCUUUCAGCCGGCAAGCUGAAACAAUGGGCAGUUAAGGCUUGCCAAGAACUUGAACAGCAAAAAGUGCACAAACUGUUGAAUCAAUACCUUCUCAUUCUGGCACGACUAGGGGUACAGGCAGGGAAAGUGUGGUUUGAAAUGGAUAAUGUUGAGAAAGGGGUUGUUCAAAUUAUUGGUCGGCAUGGUAUUAGAUGGCUUGUCAUGGGAGCUGCAGCUGAGAAACACUACUCGAAGAAUAUGUCAGAGCUUAAGUCCAAUAAAGCAAUGUUUGUGUGCCAACAUGCACCAGCUUCCUGUCAAAUUUGGUUUUCUUGCAAUGGAUGCCUCAUCUGUACAAGGUCUGUCAACGUUGGCUCUGAUGUGGGGAGCGUCAUGCCAGUGUCUUUUCCAACAGAUAACAGAGAAACAACAUCUAUACAGAAUCAUGCAGCAGAUGCAGAUGAAGAUGCCUACACUUUCCAGUGUUUGGAGCGUUCAACUAGUUUGACAGAUAGUGUAGUUUGUACUUUUAAAUCAACUCCAAUGCUGAUGGAUGAUAUCAGAGGGGAUGGCUCACCUUUAGCCUCACCACGCAAGUCCUGCAGUAUUCUGUCUCAGUCAUCAUCAAUCAUUUUGAUGGACAAAAAAUCUCAAGGAGAAGCAACUUGUGGCAUGGAUGAUAGAUUAGAACAUGCUAUGCUAGAUGCUGAACAAUUGAAGCAGAAACCAUUUGAAGAGUCAGUGAGGCGAUGGAAGGCUGAAGAAGAUGCCAUGGAGGCUGUACGCAAGGCUGAAGCAUCAGAAAAUUCAUGCAUGAACGAGAUAAAGCAAAGAAAAGAAUUGGAGGAAAUGCUAGCAACACAAAGGCAAGAAUUAGAAAGGAUGAAGAAUCAGCAUAAUCAAUGUAUGAAAGAACUCCACUUGGUUCGGGAACAGAAGCCAGAGCUACAGAGACAAUUUACAGAAUCUCGCCGUGCGGAGGAGGAGUUAGAGGAGAAGAUCAUCCAAGCUGUGGAACUCUUGAUCACUUUUAAGGAAAAACGGGAUAAAUUGCGGACUGAGCAUGACAGUGCAAUUAAAGAACUUAAUAGGAUGAGAACAUUGAUGAAAAAUGAUGCUAUGAGCUUAUGUUGGCCACAGGUCUUUGCAUUCACUUUCCUGGAAAUCAUGGAGGCUACUCAAAAUUUUGACCCAUCCUGUAAGAUUGGAGAAGGAAGACAUGGGAGUGUCUAUAAAGGGAUCCUUCGCAAUAGGAAGUUAGCUAUAAAGAUGUUGCCCUCUCUUGGUUCUCAAGGCAAUUUGGAAUUUGAAAAUGAGGCAGGGGUUUUAAGUAGGGUGAGGCACCCAAACCUUGUCACACUGAUCGGAACCUGUCCAGAGUCUAGGUCACUUAUUUAUGAGUACCUCGAAAAUGGCAACCUUGAAGAUCGCCUUGCUCUCCGGGAAAGAACUCCCCCUCUUCCAUGGCAAACUAGAAUAAAGAUUGCUAUUGAGAUAUGCUCUGCUCUUAUCUUCCUCCAUUCCAACAACCCUGCUAUACUCCAUGGGAAUCUAAAACCGACCCAGGUCCUCUUUGAUGCCAACUUCGUCAGCAAAGUUAGCGGCUUGGGCAUCCAUAGUUUGAUUCCCCAUGCUGAAAAUACAAUUAAAGCUACCACAUUAGUUCUUGAGGUUGACCCGGAGGUUUCUGUCUAUAUGGAUCCGGAAUUUCUCGAGACUGGAGAGCUUACUGCAGAAUCUGAUGUUUACUCGUAUGGAAUUAUACUGUUACGGCUUCUGACUGGGAGACCAGCCACCGGGGUAGUAAGGGAUGUUAAAUGCGCCGUAGAAAGUGGGAACUUAAGCACAGUUUUGGACUUUUCUGCUGGGGAUUGGCCACUGGAGCAAGCACAACAGUUGGCUUUCUUGGGGUUGGGGUGCUGUGAGGAGCGGCCUUUGUAUCGUCCAGAUCUUGUCUCAGACAUUUGGACUGUGAUUGAGCUAAUGAGAGAUUUAUGCACUAUGCUGAGUCAUUCAAGUCCUGUUUCAAAGGCACAUCGCCGAAGAAUUCCCUCCCAUUUUGUCUGCCCUAUUUUGCAGGAAGUUAUGGAUGAUCCAUACAUUGCGUCCGAUGGCUUUACUUAUGAAGCAGAUGCAAUAAGAGGAUGGCUGAACAGUGGGCACAAAACUUCACCCAUGACAAACCUUGAGCUUGACCACUGUGAUCUACUCCCUAAUUAUGCCCUCUACAAUGCAAUUCAAGAGUGGCGCCAACAGUUCUGAGAUAUCUUCAUGUUUGGAUUUACAAGUAACAGAACAAUGCAUCAACCCACAACUACAAGCAAAAUGUGAUGACAUACUCUCUUUUUCGAAAUUGUGCAAUGACUAAUAUGUCCUCCAUCAAAAUUUGUAAUGUAUAGAAAUAUUAGCGUCCGACCUCAGUGCGAUGCACGGCCAUCCCUUUCUUCUCUCAAUCCCCUUCUUCACCAUUUACUUUUUAUAACCCAUUAUUUUGUAAUAUUGUGAGUAU